AUGUCAUCAGAUCUUCAUAUUCGUUUACAGCAUCGAUCGGCGGCGUAUGCGACGAUUCUCGUCGUUCUCGCAACGUUUGUCUUCGCUAGCACCACAUCGCAGGCCGCCGAGAAAGCCAAACAGCCGAACAUCAUUAUUAUCUUUGCCGACGACUUCGGUUAUGGGGACAUUGGAUGUUACGGUCACCCCACAAUUGCUACCCCGCGGUUCGAUCGCAUGGCCCAAGAGGGAAUGCGUUUUACACAGUUCUAUUCGGCCGCGCCGGUCUGCACGCCCAGUCGGGCAGCUCUUCUGACAGGCCGUUACCCACUACGUAGCGGAAUGGCCGGCGUGAAGGGCCGGGUGUUGUUCGCUAACUCUGAAACCGGCAUCCCCGCCGACGAACGCGUGUUGGCCGAAGAGCUAGCCGCCGCCGGAUAUCAAACCGCUUGUGUGGGGAAGUGGCACCUGGGCCACUUGCCGGAGUUUUUGCCCACCAGCAACGGCUUCGACCAGUACUUUGGCAUCCCCUACAGCAACGACAUGGGCCAGAUCAACGGACGCGGGAAAGCGAAGAAGGGCAUCCCGCUGCCACUGAUCCAGGGAACAGAGACCGUCGAGACCGAGCCCGAUCAGCGUUUCCUCACCGAACGCUACACCGACGAGGCCGUGAAGUUCAUCACCGACUCGGCCGCCAGCGACAAACCGUUCUUCUUGUACCUGCCGCACUCCAUGCCGCAUGUGCCGCUGUUCGCCAGCGAUCGCUUCGCCGGCAAUAGUGCUCGUGGGUUGUAUGGAGACGUGAUCGAGACCAUCGACUGGAGUACCGGAAAGAUUCUCGACACGCUGGCCGAACUGGGAAUCGACCAGUCGACGUUCGUCUUCUUCACCAGCGACAACGGGCCCUGGCUCACGUACAACCUGCACGGCGGUUCGGCCGGGCUAUUGCGAGGCGGCAAAGGUAGCACCUGGGAAGGUGGCAUGCGAGAGCCGGGCAUCGCCUGGUGGCCUUCGCAGAUUCCCGCAGGUGUUACGACCCAGGCCGUGGGAUCGACGAUGGAUCUCUACACCACCUGCCUGAGCAUGGCGGGCGCGGAGUUGCCUUCGGGGCGAACCAUCGACGGGGUGGACCUGACUCCCGUAUUAUUCGGUAAGUCAGACGGCGAAGAACGGUUGUUCUGCUACUAUCGCGGCCCCGACCUGUUCGCCGCCCGAUAUGGACCCUGGAAGGUGCACUUCAAAACGCAAAGCGGCUACGGACAGCUCCGCCCCGAAGAGCACGACCCGCCGCUGCUGUAUCAUUUGGAGCACGACCCUUCGGAGCAAUUCGAUGUGGCAGAGGACAAUCCCGAGGUUCUCGCUUCCAUCAUCGAGCGAGUUGAGCAGCAUCGCCAGGAAAUGAAGCCAGGAACACGGACGGGCAUGAGCGAACUGAUCGUACGGCCAAUCGAGCCGGAAGAUUUCGACGUGGUGAUCGCCAUGUGGGAGAAAUACUUCCCCCACCGCCGCGACUACAGCAAGCCGGCCGCCGACCUCCGCCGCAAACUGGCGCACGAAGACGACAUGCUGCUGGUCGGCACGCUGGACGACGAAGUAGUGGCCACCGUGAUGAUCGGCUACGACGGACACCGCGGCUGGAUCUACUACCUGGCCGUCGAUCCCAACCUCCGCCGACAAGGGCUGGGCCGCCAGAUGCUCACUGCCGCCGAAACCAAGCUGCGCCGCCUCGGCUGCACCAAGCUCAACCUCCAGGUGCUCGGCGAGAACACCCAGGUGAUCGCCUUCUACGAACGCAUGGGCUUCGCCGUAGAACAACGCAUCAGCCUGGGUAAACGAAUCGAAACAAUCGCCUGGUGCAGCUCACGAGUCGACCUCAGCAGACCGGCAGAGUGCUUACGUUCGGAGGAGUUACGAGCGGCGUUUCCUGAUGUCUACACGAAUGAACCAUACUGGCUGUCCAUCGACGAUGUCAGCCGACUCUUAAAACUCCGUGCUUCUCUGGUAGCUGGCGCACGACACUCUGAAAAGUAUCGCGGUCGCCUAAUUUAUUACGAACUAGAGGGAUCUGAAGCCUCGGGUGGAUCUGAAGUCUGCUCAGAUGGUUACUUUGACUUCUCUGAUGUCCCACCCUGGGAUACUUGGGUCGCGCUAUUUUCUGAUAAUGGUGCCCGACUCGCUGCAAAGGGAUUCUUGAUCGCCUGGGUUCCUGACCCAUUCUCUGGCCUGGCGCAAAAGGGAAUCGAUUCUUGCCCUUCUCAAUGCAUUGCCUGGGCCGACGACACGUCUGAGCCGGCUUGGGUCUACUCCAGGGAAUGUGGCACAUUUGUGGCUCUCCGCAUUGCCAAUUCCGAGGAACUCCAACCCCAGAGCGAGACGCGACCGAUGACCGCUUUUGCUGAUAUUCAGAAGAUUGCCUACGAGGGACCCGAUUCGAAGAACCCGAUGGCGUUUCGGCAUUACGAUCCGGAUGCCAAGAUCGAAGGCAAGACGAUGCGGGAUCAUCUUCGCUUCAGCGUCGCCUACUGGCAUACGUUCCGCGGCACGGGGGCCGAUCCGUUUGGUGCCCCCACCAUGCAACGCCCUUGGGAAGCGGCCGCCGACACCGUGGACAACGCCCAGAAACGUGUGCACGUGGCGUUCGAGUUCAUGGAGAAGCUCGGGGUUCCGUUCUAUUGCUUCCACGAUCGCGAUGUGGCGCCCGAGGGCUCGACACUGGCCGAGAGCAAUCGCAAUCUCGACGCUGUAGUCGAGCUGCUCAAACAAGAACAAAAGCGCACCGGCAUUCGCCUGCUGUGGGGCACGGCCAACCUUUUCAGCAACCCCCGUUACAUGCACGGGGCGGCCACCAGCGCCAACGCCGACGCGUUCGCCUACGCCGCGGCCCAGGUGAAGAAGGCCAUCGAGGUCACUAAGGAACUUGGCGGCGAGAACUACGUGUUUUGGGGUGGACGCGAGGGCUAUCAGACACUGCUCAACACCGACAUGAAGCGUGAACUCGAUCACCUGGCCCGGUUCAUGCACAUGGCCAUCGAGCAUGCCCAAUCGAUCGGCUUCAAAGGCACGUUCCUCUUCGAGCCCAAGCCGAAAGAGCCGACCAAGCACCAGUACGACUUCGACGCGGCGGCCUGCAUCAACUUCCUGCGAGCCAACGGCCUGGAAGACUACGUGAAGUUGAACAUCGAAACCAACCACGCCACGCUGGCCGGCCACACCAUGCAGCACGAACUUGACUACGCCGGCGGACAGGGCUUCCUCGGUUCGAUCGACGCCAACACCGGCGACCUGCUGCUGGGCUGGGACACCGACCAGUUCCCCACCGACAUCUAUCUCACCACCUGGUGCAUGUACACCAUCAUGAAGUACGGCGGCAUCGCCCCCGGCGGAAUCAACUUCGACGCCAAGGUGCGCCGCGAAAGCUUUGAACCCUCCGAUCUAUUUCACGCCCACAUCGGCGGCAUGGACGCCUUCGCCCGCGGGCUGAAAAUCGCCGCCGCCAUCCGCGGCGAAGGCGAACUCAAACGCCUCCUCACCCACCGCUACCGCUCCUGGGACUCCGGCAUCGGAGCCGAAAUCGAAGCCGGCAAAAUGGACUUCGCCAAGCUCGAAAAAUACAUGCUGGACAAGGGCGACGCCGAUGCGAAUGAGAGCGGGCGACAAGAGAUGCUGGAGAAUUUGGUGAACCGGUAUUUGUAA